UUAUAUUUUAUAUCGAUAUAUAAGCAGAGGUACAGUUGUAAAAGUAAAUAUCGAAAAUCCAGCCUUUGCUGGUGUUGGUAAAUUAAUUCCUGGUUUUAAAGAUUCCCAACACUUACGGUGGCGUUUAAAUUUUUGUUGGCUUGUUUGUUUACAUGGCUUUUUGAUUAAAAAUAAUAAUAUAAAGUAAUUGGCUCAGUAAGUCUUUUAACUAUGUAUUCAAAUCGGACAUUUGGAGAAGCAAUUGAGGAUUAUGAAGUACAGCACUUGUUGGGCAAAGGUGGUUUUGCGAGUGUCUACAAGGCGCGAUGCCUGCACACUCACCAGGAUGUGGCCAUUAAAAUGAUCGACAAGAAACUGAUUCAAGGUACUGGGCUUACCAACCGCGUACGUCAGGAGGUUGAAAUUCACUCCCGCCUCAAGCAUCCUUCUGUGCUCCAGUUGUACACUUUUUUCCAGGACUCCAACUAUGUGUACUUGGUGUUAGAGUUGGCGCACAAUGGAGAACUUAAUCGCUACAUGAAGCAUAUCUCCAGACCAUUUACAGAGGUGGAAGCUGCAUCAAUCCUUAAGCAGGUGGUUGCAGGUCUUCUGUACCUCCACUCGCACAACAUCAUGCACCGGGAUAUAUCGCUAUCCAACCUACUCCUUAGCCAAGAAAUGCAUGUAAAGAUCGCUGACUUCGGACUGGCUACUCAGCUGAAGCGACCGGAUGAGCGCCAUAUUACAAUGUGUGGGACCCCCAAUUAUAUUUCGCCUGAGGUGGUUUCACGAGUGUCCCACGGUCUACCGGCGGAUGUCUGGAGCGUGGGCUGUAUGCUUUACACUCUGCUGGUGGGACGACCACCAUUUGAAACUGAUGCCGUGCAGUCAACCCUUAACAAAGUGGUAAUGUCUGAAUACCUAAUGCCGUCUUACUUGUCUUACGAGGCACAGGACUUAAUAAAUAAGUUGCUUAAGAAACUCCCUCACGAACGAAUUACCCUUGAAGCGGUCCUUUGCCAUCCAUUUAUGUUAAAAAAAUUGGAUAAUAGCUCAAAUGCUGGACAUUCCACGCCGGGAGCGUUGAAUGUUUUCAGCCAGAGCCUGGAAAGCACCGAUAGUGGAAUCAUAACAUUUGCUAGCAGUGACUCUAGGAACUCUCAGCGGAUUCGUUCUGUGGACAACUCAGGUCCACAGCAAGUGCUUCCCCAAAUACGAGAGGAAUUCGAGGAUCUUCACCGUUUACCUUAUGAGCAGCCUGGUUUAUUUCGGCAAACUUCAGCUGGUAUGGGAGAGCCCAAUCGGCCAGGAACAGCCAAGAUUCAACCUUUGCGCAUGGACAUAGUAUCAAAUUGUAGACCAGCACCUUUGACGGAAGAACGCAUUUCUGUGCCGCCAUUGAACACAAUCAGAUUGUUACCGACGCGUUAUAGGACAAAGAAUGUUGUAAUGAGUAUUUUGCAAAAUGGUGAGGUGGUCCUGGAGUUCCUAAAGUUUCGGCCGAAGUAUAAUGAAGAUCGCAUUACCGACAUUUGCCGAAUAUCGGAUGACGGGCAACGUAUCAUAGUUUAUCAGCCAGAUCCUGGGCGUGGUCUAGCAGUGAGAGAUCAGCCACCGGAUCUUCAAAUACCAAGCGGAGACUGCGUCUAUAGCUACGAAAAUUUGCCAAGCAAACAUUGGAAAAAAUAUAUAUACGGAGCUCGAUUUGUGGGCCUGGUCAAGACGAAAACACCGAAAGUCACUUACUUCAGUGGCCUCGGCAAAUGUCAAUUGAUGGAGACCAUGAAUGACUUUGAGAUUCGUUUUUAUUCGGGUGCCAAGCUGCUGAAGUCGCCUUCCGAUGGUCUUAAAGUGUACGAUGCAAAUGGUAUGCUGCUGUCGGAUCAUUCCUGUCCGGAGCCCCGAUCUUUAAUAGAGCAUGGAAACGAGUGUUUCACCCACUGUGUUAACAUCAGUAAUGCCUUGGAAAUUGCUCAGACAAAAGACAAUACAUGUUUUCCAGUCACAAUAGGGCGAAGACCUGUACCAGAUGUACAGUCAGCUCAGAGAUUAGACGGUCUUAGGGAUACCACAAACUUUGCGUUUUCUACACCGAAAUCUAAUCAGGGUUCAAUUAACUUUUCCGUGAGCACUAUUUCGUCAACUCGAAAUACCACAGAUUUCGAAACAAAUAGUUCCAGGUCCAACAUGCUAGCCGCCCAUCAAAAUAUUCCUAUCAAACGCAUCAACGUUCCUGAUAUUGGAAUCGCUACUGAGCUUUCCCAUGGAGUUAUUCAAGUGCAAUUUUAUGAUGGAUCCGUGAUCUCUGUUAUUCCAAACAUUCAAGGGGGUGGUAUAACCUUCACCCAAGCCAAUGGAAACUCAACCCACUUUGGCAAAGACGACGACUUGCCAUUCGCGGUCAGAGAUAGAAUCAGUCAGAUACCAGCCAUUCAGAUUAAGUUAAAGACCGCUCCGUUGUUGGGAAGCGGCAGGAAGAUUGACUAUAACAAUGCAAUGACACCUAAAACGACAACGCCUUGCUAUAAUCGCAUGCUUUUAUAAUUCUAAAAGAUCAGCUUAUUAAGCCUUUAAAGUUUAUGAAUGUAAUUGUAUUGUAAAUUUAAGGUAAAUAUAUUUUUUAAGUUUUCCCUGUGCUUAUUAUAAUGAGUAACUCAGUUUGAUUUAAAAGUAUUAAAUGUAAAAAUAAAUUUUUUCAAAAAUUCAA